AGCGAGAGGGUGGAGAGGGGAUGAACUCGCGGGUAGGGACGCGACGUCAGCACGAACACUUCGAUAUCGUACAGCGGAAUCACGGACGGAUCAAACAUGGCGAUUCAGUCGCUGUUUACGGUACGAGCGUAUGGUUCAUAGUGACGCGGCGUAUGGAGACUCAUAGGCCGGAAAGGACAAGGGAAAAAGUGUCGGGCGGCGGUGACGGUAACACGAUGGGCGUAACAGUGAAGCCAAUGCCUGCGGCGUCAUCGCUCCCAGUUCCAGAGCCGAUGUUGCGACCUAUCGGCGGGAACGUGAACAACGUGGACGACUCUUAUGAUAACAGACCGAAAAACUAUCUGAAGGCACUUGCAGAAACCUAUGCAAGAAUGGAGAGUGGUAGUGGUAGUGGUGAUCAAGACGGUGGGCAACAUGAGGAUGGAGUGGACAUUGCAGCAAAGAAGAGAAGAACUCGAAGGGGUAAACCCAAGCAUAAAAAAUUAAGACCGUAUUCGAGAUUUUUUCAGCGAGAGAUUUCCAGCGCUAGAUUUGGACGUUAUAUCGGGCGACGUGCACCAAAAUGUUGCAGACAUCCACGAGCUCCAUAUAAUACUACACAAUUUCUUAUGGCCGAUCAUAGUGAUUUACCUGAUCUCGAACAAAAAUUAUCGGAAGCUGCUUCAUUAGAAGUACAUGCCAUGUUUCAGAAACCACCGGCACGUACUCGCGAUUCGAGUUUUAGCGUUGAUUCCGACGAAGAUUACUUUUAUUCAUCUCCGGAAGAUGAAGAGGAAUUUUUGACAAAGGAAUUCUCGACUGCAUACGAAGAUCUUCAUGCGGAAAGAUUGAACAAUUUGACAAAGACUCAAUUGAUACAAGAAUAUUUACAGUUAGAAGCCAAAGUGGAUGGAUUAUCAAAACGGCAACGGAAGAAUCUUCAUCAAGUAGAAGAAAAAGAUACGGAAAAUAAAACAGCAGAAAAUAAAAAGACAGAUACGGAACAGAUACGGACAGAUACGGAACAGACACAGACAGAUACAGAACAGAUCCGAGCAGAUACGGAACAGAUACGGACAGAUACAGAUACAUCCAAGAAGCUCAAACUAUGUCAGCAACGGAUCGAUGAUCUGUUACAACAGAACGAGCAGUUAAGACGGGAGAAUGAGAUAUUACGUACAGAAAAAAUAUUGCGUCCGACCAGCUCCGAAUCUAGCGUCGACAGCGAAAGCGACAGCGACAGUUCUAACAGCAACCAAAGUAGAUGCAGUUUCUCUCUUUCGAGUCCUGGAAGAACAUCCAUGAAUGCUUACAAGUCUAGGUUAGAUAACAAUUUCAAAGCAGAUGGUAAAGAAGAUAGCUGCGAUAUCGAUCAGAAUGACAGUCUCAAAAAAUGCACGACUCCUACCAAUCUCUCUAACGGUCAUAUGAUUGUAAGCGAAACCAAAAGUUGCUCUGUUUAAAUUAUAAAAAGAAUUACUUCUUCUUUGUCAUUACGUUCGAUAUUGUAUUCUUGUUUGCAGUAAGGUUUGAACACAUGUUUUUCGACUUCGAAACGUAGCCGAUAAUAGGGUGAUUUGUUUUUUAUUAGAUUUCACAUAAUAAAUUUUUUUCUUCUAAUCGAACGUAGAUAUAUCACAAAAUACAUCGAAAAGUAUGUGUUCAAAUCGUUUUGCAAUAAAGUGUACACAAAGCUCGGAAGUUACUGGCAAGAUUUGGAGAAUACGAAUAAACGCUCCGCAAUUGUCUAUAUUAUAAAUGUAUUAUAAUUCUGGAAUUGUAUUUACAUGUAUAAUUUUCAUAAAUUAUAGCCAAUAAUCGGCUGGUUCACGAUCUUGGCAUUAUCAAUAUGCGCUAUGAUAUGCGCUAAAUGAAAAUAGUGAUAUAAAUUAUAUUAUCAGCAUUCUGCUAUUAAUAAAGGCUCAAAUGACGAGCAAUCUUAUGAGAUAGUAAUAUCCGAGCUUUGAUUAUAAAGCUCCCACUAGAAACCAUGCUAUAUGCUACUAUAUCAAUUCUAUGUAUGUCUCAAUAGCUAAAGAAACGCGUUUUCCGAUCAAUUUUGUUAUAACUAUUCGGCAUUCGAAUAUUCCCCCUGACACCUGCUGAAUUUCGUUAGGCUAUUUUUUAAUACCCUGUUAUAAUUCGUCAGUUUAUUCUCCGUUUUUCUUUUAAGACUGUCUCGCGUAUACAUCUGUAACAAUACGAUAAAUGUAGGAUUAAUGUUCCAUAAAAAAACUACUCUUUCGCGUCUAUACUAUUCCGUUAUCUGCUUGGAAGUCUAUAUUCACAUUUAUUGUAUGUAUGUAUUUUGUGCGUCGCUUCUGUCUCUUCUCUUUAAUCUAAUACUCUGCACAAUUCAGUUAAUCGCGUUUUCUUCUUUUCCAGUGUAAGUUUUUCUGUUUUUGCGUAUUGCUAAUUACAGAAGCUGAAUUUAUAAAUUGACGGUCUACAGACCAUCAACUAACACAAACCUAUGUAUAUGUAUACAUAGGUAAAAUGAAAGGUACAAUUGUUUACACAUCGGAAGUAUUAUAUUAGUGGUAAGCUAUAUAUAUAAAUAUAUAUAUGAAUAUAUAUAUAUAUAUAUGUAUGUAAUACAAUAUGAGAUUGUGAUGCACUAUAUUGUAGAAACUUUAUGAUCUUUGUACAAUUGUAUAGUUUUAGAGAGUAAGACGAAAUGUUAGUUUAUGGUCUGAAAGUGUAAGAUAUGUGAAAAUGUUUUACAUUUCCGAUUUUUAAUAAAUCUUAAGUUUCGUGUUCGAAUACUUUUACAUUUUUGUA